AUGGAAGAAGUGUAUAUGUAUUAUCCAGUAGCAUAUCACAGUGAAAAAAAUUCAGAUGCACAGAAGAAGUGUUCUACCUAUGAAUUAGAGCUACUUGCUCUUUUCCAGGAUCUCAAGCAGUGGCAUACUUAUUUGAUACAUAGAGAAUUUGUUGUCAAUACUGACAACCAUGCACUGAAAUUUUUGAAUACUUAUGCUAAAGUUAACAGAAUGCAUGAUCGAUGGCUAGCUACGUACAAUCAACAAAUAUACCUUCUUUGUGAAGCACAAAAGUGUUCUCAAAGUGAUGAAGUUGAUGAUUUUCUCAUACAAGAUGGCUUUCUUUUUAAAGAUAAUCGUUUAUGUAUUCCGCAAGGUUCUUUACGUUUACAUCUUAUGCGUGAAUUACAUGGUAGUGGUCUUGGUGGUCAUUCUGGAAGAGAUAAAACCAUCGCACUUGUUGAAGAAAGAUUUUAUUGGCCUUCUUUGAAACGCGACGUACAAAAAUUUGUACAAAAGUGCAUGGUAUGUCAGAGAGCUAAGGGUACAAUUCAAAAUACAGGACUAUAUACUCCAUUACCAGUUCCUGGUGCACCUUGGGUUGAUGUGAGCAUGGAUUUUAUACUUGGUUUACCUCGUACUGUUAGAGGUAAUAAUUCUGUAAUGGUCGUAGUUGAUCGAUAUUCUAAGCUGACUCAUUUUAUUGCCUGCAAAAAGUCCACUGAUGCAUCGAUUGUCGCUGCCUUAUUUUUCAAAGAAAUAUUUAGCACCACUUCAUAUCCACAAACUGAUGACCAAACAGAAGUAGUGAAUCGCUCACUUGGUAAUCUCAUUCGAGCUAAGUGCAUGGACAAUAGCAAGCAGUGGGAUAUUUUUCUACCUCAUAUGGAGUUUGCUUUCAAUACUUCUGUCAACCGUUCUUUAGGAAUAACUCCAUUUGAGAUUGUAUACUCUAAGGUUCCCAAUCAUACACUUGACUUGGUGGUAUUACCCAACACUCAGAUUAGAAGUGUUGCUGGAGAUUCUUUUGUGGACAAGGCUACUGAACUACACAAUUCAGUAAAUACUAAGCUGGAAAAGUCUAAUUCAAAAGGAGAGAUUAAAAUUGAUUAUAUUGAUUGGAACAGAGUGGCACUUUCAAUUGCCAUAAACAUAAAUCCUAAUAUCAUGAAUUUUUCAGGUAGUUCAGAUGGCGCUAGAUGUUGCAAGACUAAGCCAUUAGACCCGGAACAAGCCGAAGCAAAAGCUCCACUGGAGGAUGCACUAUGUGCAAGGCGAAAAGGAUAUUGGAAUGUGCAUCUGGAGGUGUUUGAACGUUAUUAA